AUGUCAUCUGAGCUUCUGCGAGGAUUUCCACGUGAAAUUCACAAGUCGUUUACUCCAAUGGAGGUCAUUUCUAUCACUACACUGGCAAAUCCUCCUUACACUCCUUCAACGUCGAUAGGAUCUUUAGAUGGCGACGAAGAAUGCUCUCUUUGUAGAGAAAACGCAAGCACUCAUCUUCAUAUUGCAAAGCCUAUAAAGGAACAAGACUGGUGGUCAAGUCACGUGAUAGUUAUAGCCGACGCUAUUUUUAAUCAUUUAAGGUGGUCUGAAGUACACAUAAUUUAUGAAGAGAAAAUGCAGCAUCUUGUUGACUUACUGUUGGAUCACUGGUCAGAGAACAGCAUAUUGUUCAACACAUAUAUUGCCGAAAAUAUAUCGGAAUCCGAUGUUGUCCGAGUUCUUGGGAGCUUGGAUCGACAUAGUAACCUGACGAAGGGUAUUGCUAACUUCCUUCUCUUGUGUGAGGAGCACUUCACCUCCUUCAUCCUGCGUUUGGCAUCUGAAUACUCUGUGGCGCAAGUUCGAAAUUCCGCCAUUCAACACCACACACGCUGGUUGGUGUUUCUGUUCAGUAAUGAGGUCAUUGGACGAAGACAGCUAAGCAAUAUAUCUCUCGACAACUUGGCUGUUGUAGUACUGGACACUCAGGACAGGGUUGAACAGAAGACAUGCGAUUUAAUAGAAAGUAUACUACUCGCAGAUGAAUGUGCAGAACAUGGAACUAUAAGUGGCACAGAGUUCCUUAAAUAUACCAUCGCGAGGCUGUUUCAUAAUAGCGGCAACACGUGUGGGAAGUUUGUAAUACAGACUCUGAUGUGGCGAGAUGAUGGCCGAGAGUUGUCACCAGUAGGUGCCGUCAGCUUAAAUGGAGAAAUCAUUCUGCACUCAAAAAUAUUUCCUAAUGUGGAUUUUGGAUUUAAUCAAAGGAAAUUCAUCGUUUCAACGCAGCCGGUAUUCCCGUUUGAGUUCAGGACUAAUACAUCCUUCGAGGGUCUGUGCAUUGAUCUACUGGAACAGUUAUCGGUAGAACUAAACUUUACUUUUGAAGUGAUUGUGUCCCCUGAUGGAGAUUUCGGAGUGAUGCUGGAUAACGACAGCUGGACAGGACUGAUAGGUCAACUUCAGAGAAAGGACGUAGACCUUGUGGCUGCACCACUGUCCAUAACGAUUCAGAGGGAACACGUUAUGGACUUCAUUCACCCAUUUUUCCAUGACCAUUCAGUGGUUUUAAUUCAGAAGCCCGACCCACAGGAAACAAAAUGGCGGACAUUGAUUGAUCCGUAUAGUGACACUGUUAUCAUUAGUAUCGGGCUGUCCUUGCCCCUGGCAUCACUGGUGCUUGUAGCCCUGGAAAACUUCAGUCCUGUAUACAACAAUGAGGAUAGACUACCAAACGAAAGUGACCUCAAUUCCUUUUUGGGAUCAUUUUGGUACUUAUUUGGAGCUCUGCUGACGCAAGGUGGCAAGUAUACUCCCCAAGCCUUGUCUAGUCGACUUUUCGUUGGAAUGUGGUGGCUCUUCUGUAUCAUAUCUUUGGCGACUUACAGCGGAAAUCUCAUCGCUUCUCUCACGGUGUCAAAGGAGAAAUUGCCAUUCAAGUCGCUCAAAGAGAUGGUAUCGCAGGACAGGUUCACAUGGGGAACGUAUGGUGGAACAGUAUUCGUCACUAUGUUUAAGGUAUGGUACAUGCUGUCCGCGGAUAAAUGGAUUGAUAAAUUUGCAUGGAAAAUAUAG